GAGGCACCCACUCCCUCUGGACAGAUAUGGCCAAAGUCAACCCCAAGGCUAGGCCAGACCUGCCCGCUCCUGUCCCCUCAGGGCGUGGCACACAACAGGGGCCCACAGCAGAGGGGCCCCACUGCUGGUGGAAAUGGCGAUCCCUGUCCAACGCUGCCCUGUUAGCACAUCCUCAGGGAGCAUUCCCGGGAGAAGCUGCUGCACUGAGAGGAGUCCAGGCCCACCUUCUGCCCCCCAGCCCCAGAUCUGCCCUGGGAGCCCAGCCAGGGCUAUGGAUGGUCAGACCCCCAGGAGGGAACUCACAGCCAAGAGCAGAAACCCCGGCCAGUUGUAUCCCACAGAGCCGGCCAGUAAAGGUUCGGAUGAGGAGAGCAGCACAGGAAAGUGAAAAGUCCAGCAGACCACGCAGCAAGCGGGCAGAGCCCCAGCUUCCUAAACUGCAUUGACCACUGGCCAGGAUCCUUGCCCCUCCUGACCCACCUCCCCCUUCUCGGCCUUGCUGUGCAGCCAGCAGGCUGCCUGCGUGGACAUUAUCAAGGGCUUUCAGGGCUGCAGGGAGGGAGAAGAGGUCAGGGAUGUUUCCACCACCCCCACCCCGUGGGGUCCUGUGGCCUCCACCUGAGAUCACUGCUUCUGUCAAAGCGGCCCUCCCUGCACUCCUCUUCCCAGGUCCCAGCGACCACCCUUCUUCCAGCGGUUCAUUACUACUCAGGGUUCUCUACACUCUGCUCCAUGUUGGUAAAUCAUCCCCUAAUGAAACUCUCCUCAGACAGUCCUAACUUAAGUGUGUCUCCUGUUUCCUGAUGAGACCCAGAGUGAUGGGACUGCCUGCCCUGGAUUUCCAGGGAUGCCCCGGGUUGCAGAAAUCAACCCGCCACUCCACCAGCAGGCCUGGCUCUGGUUUGGAGGCUUGGGCUGACUGAUGCACUCCCCACAGCCCCCUCCUACCUCGGGUCCCAGCCGAGCAUGAGGCCAUGCUCCGCUGGCCUUCUGUCUGCUGCAGCCCACUGGCCGGCCUUCCAGGGUUCCGAGUCUUAGUGGCUCAGGCCAGAGCCUCAUUCCCCAGGGCAGUCCUCCUUUAUGACUUCACCCACUGAAGUCACCAGGGAGACAAUGCCGAAUGUUCCACCCCAGAGUCUUGGCCUCUAGGAGGCAGGCCAGAGGACUCUCUGUCCACAGUGUAAAUGAGGACGCCGCUGGCCCAUGUCCCGCAGGGAUGUAGAGGGCAGCCUCAGGGGCACUGGGCGCUCCCGGCACCAUGGAUGAUGCUGCCGUCCUCAAGCGACGAGGCUACAUCAUGGGAAUCAAUUUGGGAGAGGGCUCGUAUGCGAAAGUCAAAUCCGCUUACUCUGAGCGCCUGAAGUUCAACGUGGCGGUCAAGAUCAUCGACCGCAAGAAAGCCCCCACAGACUUCCUGGAGAAAUUCCUUCCCCGGGAAAUUGAGAUUCUGGCCAUGCUAAACCACCACUCCAUCAUCAAGACCUACGAGAUCUUUGAGACCUCUGACGGCAAGGUCUACAUCGUCAUGGAGCUCGGGGUCCAGGGCGACCUCCUUGAGUUCAUCAAGACCCGGGGGGCCCUGCAGGAAGACGAUGCGCGCAAGAAGUUCCACCAGCUGUCCUCAGCCAUCAAGUACUGCCACGACCUAGAUGUUGUCCACCGAGACCUCAAGUGUGAGAACCUUCUCCUCGACAAAGACUUCAACAUCAAGCUGUCCGACUUCGGCUUCUCCAAGCGCUGCCUGCGGGAUGACAGCGGCCGACUGACACUGAGCAAGACCUUCUGUGGGUCGGCGGCGUACGCGGCCCCCGAGGUGCUUCAGGGCAUCCCCUACCAGCCCAAGGUGUAUGACAUCUGGAGCCUAGGCGUGAUUCUCUACAUCAUGGUCUGCGGCUCCAUGCCGUAUGACGACUCCAACAUCAAGAAGAUGCUGCGCAUCCAGAAGGAGCAUCGCGUCAACUUCCCGCGCUCUAAGCACCUGACGGGCGAGUGCAAGGACCUCAUCUACCGCAUGCUGCAGCCGGACGUCAACCGGCGGCUGCACAUCGACGAGAUCCUCAGCCACUGCUGGGUGCAGCCCAAGGCCUGGGGCCUGUCCUCUGCAGCCAUCAACAAGGAGGGGGAGAGCUCUCGGGCCACCGAGCCCCCGUGGACUCCUGAGCCCAGCUCCGACAAGAAGUCUGCCACCAAGCUGGAGCCCCGGGAAGAGGCCCGGCCCAAGACCUGGGCAGAGACAAGACCCGAGGAGGAGGCGCUGGCGGUGCAGGUGUCAAGGCAGUCAGAGGCCAUGGGCCUCACCAGCGAGCAACCCAGCAAGGAGAUCAAGGAAGGGGCCACCCCGCAGCCUUCAGAGACACACACCUAGUCAGCUCUCGCGGCCCAGGGGGCCGGCAGAAAAUGAGGCAGUGUUCAUGGCCUCAAGCCUGAGCUCCAAAGAAGCCAAGGGACAAGCCGAGAGGGAAGACAGUCCCAGAUGAGCCACUAUUUUCGUCAGUUUCUUCCCCCUCCCUUUGACCUUGGUAACUCAUGUGGCUAAAGAAGCAAUAAAUCACUAUAUUACU